AUGUCACACUCCUCGCCCCCGGCGGACAAUCCAUCAAUCACCACUCCCACCACUGCCGGAGGACAGAAUCCCUUUUCGCAGGCCUCUGGGGCCAGCGCCGAGUCGUCACGACCCAGCACGGCGAGUGCUGUCCGGACGGAGGCCUAUGGCGGAUAUGGUGGAAUUCCCCAAGGACGCGCUGUGACCGAGGUGGGACUGGGGAUAAGCUCUCGUCGUCCGUCGGCAGAAUCGACCGCGCAAACGCCCUCGCGGGCUUUUGGUGUGCACAGCAUUCUGAACCCCCCAGUAGAGCCCGAUGAUAGAGAGCCCCAUAAUGUCAGUCACACCGGUCGGCCCGCCAUGAGCCUCACCCAAAGUCUUCUCCCGGCGCCCACCGAGUCACCGCGGAGCCGAAAACGUACAGACCCACGAUCACCCGCUCAGGAGCCAGCGCAAUUACCAGGCAGUCGCGUGGGCAGGCGCGUCCUCACGCCGAAGUCGCCAGGAAUGCGUGCUGCGAGCUUGGGCGCCAGAAGGAAUCCGGCCUUUCAUUCCACGAUCCAGCCAUUGCAGCCUCACCCGAGCGCCGGCGGUCGCACCUACACCGCAGAACCUGGACCAUAUCCCGGCUCGGAGAUCCCACCUCUGCCUCCCUUGUCGAUCGCGACGGCUUCCCAUUUGACCAACCUGGCACCGGCCGAAUCGGGCCAACCCCGUUCGGCGCACGUCCCGGAGAGCCCUGCUCGCGGAUUCGAGCGCAUUGUUACGCCCCAGACCGAGCGCUCCUCGACGUCUCAAACGUCGUAUGGCAAGCUCGACCAGCCUUCUCCAGGCUAUCGUUACGGCGCCAUUCAGCCGCCAUCUCAGGCACCGGCCCCUUUUAGAGUGAUGCCAGCAGGGGGCGCGACAGGUUACAGUCAGGAGACCCAAGGUCAUGGACCACACGAAGGGUAUCAACAAGGCCCGGCUUCGUAUCAGAUGACGCUCGACACCGACCAAGGACCCAUGAACAUUCCCGUGGAGCUGGACCUGCAGCAGGCAUCCAAAGUGGCGGACGAGAAGAGGAAGCGCAAUGCCGGGGCGUCAGCCCGGUUCCGCGCACGGAGGAAGGAGAAGGAGAAGGAAGCUUCACAGACCAUUACCGGGUUGCAGCAGGAACUGAGGGAAUUGAUAGAAGAACGCGACCAUUAUCUGUCGGAACGGAACUAUUUUCGCGACCUGGCAGCCAGGCACGGUGCACAGAUAUUACAGCGCCCACAGUCCCCCCAGCAACGAAGACUGGCGGCGACGGCGGCAGUCGGCGGACCACCCUCAGGAGGCACGUUGGACGAUCCCACAGUAUCGGACGACUCGUAUCGCGAGCGCACGGAGCCCGGGCCUUCACAACGUCGACGAACGGGUGACUACCAGCCGACCUUCACCGGGCGGCAAGGUCAUUCACCACCUCCACCGACCUAUGGAGGGGCGUUCCCGUCUCAGCCUCCUCCUCCUCUGACACUCCCUCCUCCGCCUGGUGGACAGAGCGCCUAUGGCACGCCGAGGACUUUGCCAGCAGGGUCAGUGCCUCCGCCGCCGCCUCCCAACGUCACGCGCUCACACUCGUACGACGCCUUUCGGAGAGAUCCAUUUGACAGGACCUGGAGUUCCGGCCGGUGA